AUGAUCGAGCUUCCCGGUGUGCUCAUACUCUGCAAGGGUGGCGACAAGAAAGUUGGCCUCCGAGUACAGGCCAUCAACAAGGGUGUGUUCGUUUGCCUCGUCGUGAAGGACAGCCCUGCGGCAAUGGGCGGUUUGAGGUUCGGGGAUCAAAUUUUGCAAAUCAACGGAAAGCUCGUGGCCGGAUUUUCGGUGGACGAUGUUCACAAGCUGCUGAAGAAGAGUGACAAUAACAACAUUUCGAUUGUGGUGCGCGAUCGACCACUUGAGCGUGCCAUCACGAUGCACAAGGACUCGUCAGGAACGUUUGGGUUCCAGUUUAACAACGGGAAGAUCACCGCCAUCGUGAAGGACUCGUCGGCGGCUCGUAACGGCCUACUGAUCGACCAGCAACUGCUGGAAGUGAACGGUCAAAACGUGAUCGGUAUGAAAGAUAAGGAAAUAACAAAACUUAUCAGUGCUUCCGAACGCACGAUCACUCUGACAAUCGUACCGAGCGUCAUCUACGACGUUAUGAUGAAAAAGCUGUCCACGUCUUGGGUUCGCGGAAAGAUGGAUCACUCCAUUCCGGACUUUUAAGUUUCAGAUCUGCCUUCGAGAAAGAGCGAGAGUGAU